CUUCACCCACUGGAUCUUCCCAAUGGUUUCUCUGCAGGCAUAUCAAUAUUGGUUGCGAGUUUAAGAGAGAUAAAAGUGUUUUAGAAUGGCGAUGCCUUUGGAAAUGGCGAUGCAUCUGACCAAAACGGUGUGGUUUGCUCUCAGCGGCUGGAUUUUCACAUGUUUAACUAUCGCCGACGAAAUCGCCGGUUCUCUCCGAAACCGAGAAAUUGGCCCUUUCCAUGUUGGAUGAUCGAUUAAAAGAUUCUACAUUCCUUUAGUGUGUUUUCACCAUCUCCUAUCCUUGAUUUAAGAGAACUGUUUCUUUUUUCAAUUUUUUUUCCCUGAUGAGAAUCGUCUCUAAAUCACUCCAAUCCCUUAAACUGAAGAGCUUGGAUUUAUAUAUACAUAUAUAGAGGUCGUUUGGUCGAUGUAAAGAGGAAUUGAUUUUAUAUAAUACGUUUCAAUUUGUGUGA